UUCCCAAAUGUAGAACGCAAUUGAAUCACCGAGCUAUGUGAGUUAAAUGUUCAAGCGAGAUUUUUUCUGUCAUUUCAACGAAGUACAAGCGUUUUGGCACAAUAAAACGGUCUGAUAGAUUGAGCUCAUCGCUAUCAUGGACGGAGGUUACGAACCAGAACGGUUCAUUAGUCAAAUUAGACAUGAUUUAAUUUGCUGUAUUUGCCUCUGUGUGUUGAAAGAUCCACGAUUAUGCGAGGCAGGAGAACAUCUGUUUUGUUUGAGUUGUAUAACACGAUCCCUUGCUAGCGAUAAAAGAUGCCCCAAGUGUCGGCAACCCCUUACUCUAGCAACUCUGAAACAUCCCCAAGGGUUAAUAAGGAACAUUUUGUCAGAGCUAAAAAUCAAAUGUGUUUACAUCGAUCGUGGGUGUCCGGAGCAAGUUGAACUUGGAAACCUUCAGGAUCACGUAAAUAAUUGCGAAUACCGUCCAGUGUCGUGUGAAAAUUGUCGCCGUGAGAUUGAACCUGACAUUACUCGUAUUUCGCGAAGACUUGAUGAAAUGGAGGAAAGUCAAAAUUUAUACAGACAGGAAGUGAAUGAAGUCAACAAUAGUUAUGAAGAAAUUCGUACUUUGACGAAUGAAAUGAAAGAGGAGAAAAAAAAUGAGGUCAUUGGAAAUAAAAGAAAAUAUGAUAAAAUACAUAAAACAGUGAAGAAAAUGAAGACAAAUGUUGACCAAUUAACACCAUCCCAGGAUGAAAUGAAAACUCAGAUUCAGGAAAUGGCAAAAAAACAAAAACAAAUCGAGAUUCAUGUGAAGAUAAUGCAGAUGGGUGAUGGUUAUGAUCCUGACCGUUUCAUUGAUCGAGUUCUUCAUGGUUUUAAAUGCUGCAUUUGCCAGUGUGUGUUAAACGAGCCACGAUUAUGCGAGGCAGAAGAACAUAAAUUUUGUUUAAACUGCAUAUCUCAACAUCUUCCUAAUUCCCAGACAUGCCCAGAAUGUCAGCAACCCCUCACUUUGGAAACUUUAAAAUUUCCUGGGAAAGACUUCAAGAACGUUUUAUUACAGCUGAAAAUCAAGUGUGACUACAUGAAUCGAGGGUGUCCGGAACAUGUUGAGCUUGGAAAUCUGCAAAAUCAUGUGAAUAAUUGUGAAUACCGUCCAGUAACGUGUGAAGAGUGUCACCUUGAAGUAAAUGCAAAAGAUGAAGACAACCACAAGAAGAGUUUCUGUCAGCUUGGUGGAGCCAAUAUUCCGGGUUUAAAAGAUAUCAAACUGCGUCAAGAAGAAAUGAAAGAUGAUUUCACGAUUAUCAGAGCGAGACAGAAAGAAUUCGACGAUAAACAAAAGGAACUGGAAGAAACUCAGUACGCGUCUGGACAGAAGCUAGAUGAUAUUGACGGUGGUUUGAAAGAAAUGGAGGUUAGUCAGGAAAUACAGAAACGGAAACUUGAAGAAAUCGUCGAUAAUUGGGAAAAAAUUCGUACAACACUGGAUGGAAUGGAGGAUAAUCAGAAUGUACAAAGGGAAGAACUGAAUGAAGUCAACAAUAGUUUUGAAGAAAUUCAGACCUUCGCGAAUACAGUUCAAGAUGAAAUGAGAAGCGAGGUGACGGAAAUUAAAACAAUGCAUUCUAAUAUACAGAAACAAGUAAAGAAAAUUAAGAUAAAUGUCAACAAACUGACACCGUCUCAAGCUGAACUGAAAAUUAGUCACCUUGAAAUGGCAAGAAAACAAGAUCAAAUGGAAGUGAGACAAGAUGAGACGAAGAAAGCUCUGGAUGAAGUGAAACAAACCCAAUCAGGAAUUAACGAGAAAGUACAGGAAAUCGGGAUUCAUCACCUUCAAAUGGCAAGAAAACAAGAUCAAAUCAAAGUGAGACAAGAUGAGACGAAGAAAGCUCUUGACGAGAUGAAACAAACCCAAUCAGGAAUUAACGAGAAAGUAGAGAAAAUGGAGAUUCAUGUGAAGAUAAUGCAGAUGGGUGAAGGCUAUGAUCCUGACCGUUUCGUUGAUCGAGUUCUUCAUGGUUUUAAAUGCUGCAUUUGCCAGUGUGUGUUAAACGAGCCACGAUUAUGCGAGGCCGAAGAACAUAAAUUUUGUUUAAACUGCAUAUCUCAACAUCUUCCUAAUUCCCAGACAUGCCCAGAAUGUCGGCAACACCUCACUUUGGAAACUUUGAAAUGUCCUGGAAACUAUUUCAACAACAUUUUAUCAGAGCUGAGAAUCAAGUGUGAAUACAUGAAUCGAGGGUGUCCGGAGCAUGUUGAGCUCGGAAAUCUACAAAAUCAUGUGAACAAUUGUGAAUACCGUCCAGUAACGUGUGAGGAGUGUCACCUUGAAGUAAAUGCAAAAGAUGAAGACAACCACAAGAAGAGUUUCUGUCAGCUUGGUGGAGCCAAUAUUCAGGGUUUGAAAGAUAUCAAACUGCGUCACGAAGAAAUGAAAGAUGAUUUCAAGAUUGUCAGAGCGAGACAGAAAGAAUUCGACGAUAAACAAAGGGAACUGGAAGAAACUCAAAACGCAUAUGGACAGAAGGUAGAUGAUAUUGACGAUGAUUUACAUGAAAUGGUUGGUACUCAGAAAAGACAGAAACGGAAACUCAAAGAAAUCAUCGAUAAUUGUGAAAAAAUUCGUACAAACCUGGAUGAAAUGGAGGAUAAUCAGAAUUUACAAAGGCAGGAACUGAAUGAAGUCACCAAUAGUUGUGAAGAAAUUCAGACCUUCACGAAUACAGUUCAAGAUGAAAUGAGAAGCGAAGUGACAGGAAUUAAAACAAUGCAUUCUAAUAUACAGAAACAAGUAAAGAAAAUUAAGACGAAUGUCAACAAACUGACACCGUCUCAAUCUGACCUGAAAUAUCGUCAACUUGAAAUGGCAAGAAAACAAGAUCAAAUGGAAGUGAGACAAGAUGAGACGAAGAAAGCUCUGGAUGAAAUGAAACAAACCCAAUCAGGAAUUAACGAGAAAGUACAGGAAAUGGAGGUUCAUCACCUUGAAAUGGCAAGAAAACAAGAUGAGACGAAGAAAGCUCUUGACGAGAUGAAACAAACUCAAUCAGGAAUUAACGAGAAAGUAGAGGAAAUAGAGGAUAAUUAUGAGGUUAUAAAGCAGCAGUUGGAAAGACUUGAAGGAUUAUUGGGUCAUCUAUUCCAAGAAAAUAUUGUCAACAGAAAUGGUGCUCAAGCUACGGAUCCCACAAUUCCAACUAACAACCAAGACGUUAUUAUUCUUGGUGGUUGGUAUACCUUUAGGGGAGCACCCCCUUUGAAAACUGUUGAAAAAUAUAAUAUUGUUGAAAAGAGGUCGACUAUGCUGCCACCAUUGAAUCAUCCUCGAGUAGGAUCAGCUUCGUGUGUUUACAAUAAUGACGUUCUUCUCGUUGGUGGUCACGAUGGUAAAGAACGAACUGACACGAUCGAAGUUUUGAAGAUGAACCAACAUCCUUUGCGAUGGACAAUGUUUGAUGGUAAACUGCCUGUCAAAAUAUAUCGUCAUGACGUCAUAGUUUAUCAAGGAAAAUUAUAUAUAAUAGGAGGAUAUGACUGGAAUGAAAGAAAAAUAUCGAACGCCAUUCAUGAGAUUGCUCUUACCCCACCUUGUACUGCCAAGCUGCUGACGAGAAUGCCUGGGCCAAGACAAAUUCACAGAGCAGAACUUGUUAAUGGAAAACUAUUUAUCUUGGGUGGAACAACAUAUCUCGAUAGUGAAGAUGCUCUUGACAGCGUUGUGGUUUAUGAUUUCAUUAAGAAUGAGUUCAAGCCAUGUCCAUCGUUACCUCAGCCUGUUUGUCAUAUGUCCACAGUCACUUGGGGUGAUAAGAUCAUUGUUCUUGGUGGUGUGGAUAAGAAUUACCAGGAAUUAAAUGACGUCAUCAUGUAUGACACUGAGACGGGGCAAAUUGAGCAACUGCCCUCCAUGAUCUACAAAAGGAGAGGUAGCUCAGCUGUCAUCAUGAAUGACGUCAUUGUCGUGUUUGGUGGAUGGAAUGAUGAGCAGGGUGGUCUCAACUCAGUGGAAACCUUUACCAUUGGUGGAGAUGGCUGGAAAGAACUACCAGGAAUGAUAGAAAAGAGAUUUAAUGCAACUGCUGUUGUAAAACCUCACAUCUGAAAGUUUUCCCAAUAUAAACUUCUUAUUGUGUCCUUGCAUGAAUAUGAUAAUAUUUUGUGUGGUGAUGGUCAAUCAUUGUUUCGGCGCCUUCUCGAUAUAUGAGCAACCAGGGGCCAGUUGUAUCAAAGCCGGAUAGCGCAAUCCACCGGAAAGUUUUUAAAGUCGCUUUAAAGUCACCCGCUGUUGGGUAUAACUUUGAUUAAAUCUUAA